CCACAGUCUUCCAGUCUUCCAGAGUCUUCCAGUAUUCCACAGUCUUCCAGUCUUCCACCACAGUCUUCCAGUCUUCCACAGUCUUCCAGUAUUCCACAGUCUUCCAGUCUUCCACCACAGUCUUCCAGUCUUCCACAGUCUUCCAGUAUUCCACAGUCUUCCAGUCUUCCACAGUCCUCCAGUCUUCCACAGUCUGCCACAGUUUUCCACAGUAUUCCACAGUCUUCCACAGUCUUUCACAGUCUUCCACAGUCUUCCACAGUCUUCCACAGUCUUCCACAGUCUUCCACAGUCUUCCACAGUCUUCCACAGUCUUCCACAGUCUUCCACAGUCUUCCACAGUCUUCCACAGUCUUCCACAGUCUUCCACAGUUUUCCACAGUCUUCCACGGUCAUACACAGUCUUCCACAGUCUUCUACAGUCUUCCACAGUCUUUCACUGUUUUCCACAGUCUUCCACAGUUUUCAACAGUCUUCCACGGUCUUCCACAGUCUUCCACACCACAGUCUUCCAGUCUUCCACAGUCUUCCAGUAUUCCACAGUCUUCCAGUCUUCCA